CGUUCUCAGACAACCCUUCGAGCGAAACGCUACACUUAUACGUCUUGUGCCACGUCUCUGCCAGGUUCGCUUGCCCGCAGACUCACGUCCCACGCCUGACAGCCAUGCGGAUAUUCCGUCCGCUGCUGCUCGCGCUCACCGUUCUAGCAUCGACAGUCCUUGCCCAGGAUGCAUCGAACGUGCCAAAAGAGAAGCAUGACUAUCAGAGCGAUGUCUCCCGCCUCCGGAAAAUUGUGAUCAAUAGUCUUUACUCACACAGAGACAUAUUCCUUCGAGAGCUCAUCUCCAAUGCGAACGAUGCAUUGGAAAAGCUCCGCUUGACCUCGCUCACUGAGAAAGAAGUCCUUUCCGGCGCAGAAGACCUGAACAUUACCAUAAAGGCUUUCAAAGAUGAGACAGGGCAUGGACAAAUUGUUAUCACUGACACAGGCAUCGGUAUGACUCCCGAGGAACUGACGACGAAUCUUGGCACGUUGGCAAAAUCUGGCACUUCAGAAUUCUUGGCCCGCGCAGAAAGCACGGAUGCCACCGGCACUGGCAACUUGAUCGGCGCAUUUGGUUUGGGCUUUUACAGCAGUUUCCUUGUGGCAGACCGUGUCUAUGUAGCCUCCCUAGCGGCGAAGUCAUCCUCAAACCCCAACCCCAUCCAAUACGUCUUCAGCUCCGGUGCCGACGAAAGCUCGUUUGAGACCUAUCCGGACCCACACGGUAACACUCUCGGACGUGGAACGGAGAUCACUCUGGUUCUGAAGAACGACGCACUUGAGUACACAGACCCGCACAGGAUUGCCGAACUUGUGGACAAGCAUUCAUCGUUCUCCUCGACGUUCCCCAUCUACCUGUAUACAGAACGGGUGGAAGAGGUAGCUAUCGAAGAAGAAGGGUCGGAGACAAAUCCCGCUGAGUCGGAAUCGGAGAAGGAAGAUGUCGAUGAAGACGAAGCUAUCGUAGAGGACGUUACAGAAAAGGAAACGGAGGAGGAUGAGACGCCCAAGACAAAGUCGGUCACGAAGGAGGAAUGGAUCCAUAUGAACUCGCAGCCUCCAAUUUGGAUGCGCGCGCCAAAGACCGUCUCAGACGAGGAGUAUGAGGAGUUCUAUCAGGCUACGUUCAAGGACUACGAGAAACCUCUCGCUUGGGACCACUUCUCCGGAGACUCCGGCUCCGGCAUAUCUUUCAAAGCUAUCAUCUACUUGCCUUCGCAUGUACCUGAUGAGUACUGGCAAAACCCACUCUUGACCAGUAGCAGGGACUUCCGGCUGAUGGUCAAGCGCGUAUUCAUCACCUCUGAUAUGGGCGAGGAUACCUUGCCAAAGUGGGCCAACUGGGUGAAAGUCGUUGUUGAUGCUGAGGACCUGCCCUUGAACGUUUCCCGUGAGAUGCUCCAAUCGACGCGAUUCCUGAAGCAGCUCCGGUCGAUCAUCUUGAAGCACCUUCUGCAGAUCUUGGUCCGCAUCGAGCGAGAAGAUCCCGAGAAGUGGGCGGAAGUGCAGAAGGCAUACGGGAACGUGUUCAAGCUCGGUGCAGUGGAGGACGCGAAGAAUCGGAACAAGCUCGUAGAGCUCGUGAGAUUCACCACGAAUCAGCGAGACAGCACGUCCCUAGAUGAGUACCUGGAGAACAAGAAGCAGGGACAGAAGCAAAUCUUCUAUCUCGCCGACAUGGGCAGCACUCCGGAACACCUCGCCAAGAGUGUCUUCAUCGAGAAGCUCCAUGCUCGUGGAUAUGAGGUCUUGCUUCUGACAGAUCCUCUGGACGAAAUAUUCGUGCAGAAUCUUCGACUGUGGAUGACGGUGCCGUUCCAGGACGUUGCGAAAGCUGGCCUUAGGUUCGGUGACGAAGAGAUAACCGCCGAAGAAGAGAAGGAGGAGCAGAAGGUCUUGACUGAGGAGUACAAGCCUCUUCUGGAGUGGCUCAAGAAGGAGGCUCAGGAUGUUGUCCGCGAUGUCGUGAUUUCCAAUCGGCUGGUGACAAGUUCGUGUGCCGUUGUCGCAGACACGAUGGGUUACACCGCGAACGUCGAGAAGAUGAUGAGUUCGUCUCAGAGCGGAUCCAAGAACCCGAUGCAUGCGUUUGCUAAGAAGCAGAAGCUGCUCGAGAUCAACCCUCGCUCACCGCUCAUCCAGGGCCUUCUGCGGCGAGUGGAGCAAUUGCCGGCUGAGGAGGAGGGCAGGGAUCUGGAGGAGGAGGAAGAGCUGAAGGAAGUGGCCUCUGUGCUGAUCGACGGCGCGCUAGUCCGCUCUGGGUUCAGCGUCCCAGACUCGAACGAGUUCUUCACGCGCGUCGACCGAAUACUGCGCCGAUCUCUCGGCGUAUCUGAGACUGCGCCCACGGAUACCACCGUGAAGCCGGCUCCUCCAAUAGACCACGAGCCGUUGAACAUCCAGGAUCCUCAAUCUGUAGAGUGGCCUGAUUACGUCCCUGGGCAGUUUAGGAAUCAGCAGCCUGAGGACGUUCCUCAGGCGUUCUGGGAAGUGGAGGAGGUUGAUGAGGAGGGAAAUCCGGUGCAGAGUUCUAAGCAUGACGAGCUUUGAGUGGUGAUCGUGCUACUAGUGU